AUGGAUUACAGCAACGUGAUUCUCCAGGCGAAUAGCGUCCCUGCAUAUUAUAAUAUUGCAGCAGUAGGGGCCCUUUGCAGCGUUCUUUCUGGAGUUCUGGUCUUGCCUGGGACUUUCACCUCGCUUCAGAAAUCAGAAUCCUUUCUUCAACAUAUACCGCUUUUGCCAGUAUCUGCUAUAUUCUGUUGUGCAGGACUUGCAGGUGUUGCUUAUCUAUGA